AAAAAAAACUAUAUCCAUGGCUGGAAGAGGCAGAGGCCGCGGCGGCAACAACUUAUCUUUAACUCAUGAACAGCUACAAGCACUUGGAAUUGGCCGAGGAGAUAACACUGCACCAACCCUAGCUCCUCCGCCUUUAUUCCCCAAACUUGAGAGAAAGCCGUUACCUCUGACUUGCGACGCUGCUACAGACUACAUGCUGAUUGUAAAAGACCAGUUCAUAGAGUACCUACAUGAGUCUCCAGCAUAUGUGAAAGCGAAAAGCAAAACAGAUGGAGUAGAGCGUUAUUCUGAUAAAUAUAAAUUGGCUCUUGACGCUUCACAAGGUAAGACGUUGGAUUACGUAUGGGCAAAUAUGCCGACAGAGUUGAAACCACAAGCGUCACACGUUCGCGUAACUCGGAAGCGGAAACUCAAUGAUGCUACAGAAAUAGCUAAGCGAUUGCAAACUCUUGAGAAAAAGGAAUCUCAAGCAGAGUCUGGCGAAGUUGUAGAGGCAAAUGCAGAAGAAGUAGCGAAAAAGAACGAUGGAGAUGAUGAUGACGAAGAAUUGGAAGAAGAGCAUGAACAAGAUUAUGAAAUUGACGAUGGAACUGAUUAUGCCAAUAAUUACUUUGACAAUGGUGAAGACUAUGAUGAAGACGAUGAUAAUCUAGAUGAUGGUCCAGUGUACUAAAGUGCUCCGCAUCCUUAAUUCAUGCUCACCUCUUGAUCGUAUGUUUGAACAGUUAUAAAUCUACAGAUUUUAAUCUACCAUACAAAUUUAGGGAAUGUGAUCCUUUUAAGUACUAAGUGUUUAUUGAAUCUUUAUACAUUCUUCCAACAUUGGAUAAAAACAUGGCUGUGAUAAGAAAGAAUAAGUUCUCAAUGAAUUUUGUAUUGUAUAAAUGCAAAUUCUAAAUAAUUUCAUUAUGUAAGAUUCCUAUAUAUAUUACGGUUAGAUAAUACAAGUACUUCCCUAUACCAACAUCUCAGGAAAUACCC